UUUCAGCCUGUUUACCGCCAGACGGAAGCGUUAGUGCUUAGUUUGUUUAAAAUCGAUCAAAUCGAUGAGCUCGUAACUGACGUUAACCUGCUUCAAGAUUCACCGAUUCACAACAGAAGAGGAGAAGAGAGGAGAAGAGAGGAGAAGAGAGGAGUGGAGAGGAGGAGAGGAGGAGGCAGGUCAGUGAACGUUUUAUUGGCCCAAACUCAGACGUGAAACCGAGAGUUCAUCACUGUGACAGACUCAGUGCGGAUCAGCGGGCGGUGACACAGCUGUGUGCAGUGGGACCGUUUAUAGGACGAGGUGGAAAGUCACAGAGCUGAGGAUGGAGCUUUCAUCUUUACUUCAUGAUCUUCAUCUCUCCUCGCCAGACGAGCCCCUCCCCUCAGCCUCUCUCCCUCCAAUCACGAAGCUCCUGCCUCGGCUGGAGGAGAAGCUGAUUGGUGCAUCCUCGGACUCUGAAACGAGCUCCCUCAUUGGUAGCGUGGAGAGGCUCUUUCAAACAGCAGAUCCUGAUUGGCUGUUCUCCCCGGCCUCAGCCAAUGAGGAGGACGGUCGGGCAGAGCUUCAGUUGGCAUACGCGUCUCUGAUCAGCGCUCUGAUUGGCUGUGCAGCUCUGCCGCUUUGUGAUGACGACUGCAGCUCUCUGAGCGCGGCAGCCUAUCAGAGCGUCCCGAGCCGAGCCGUCCCAGUGUGCUCGGCCCUCACAGCGCUGCUGGGAGCUCUGGGAAACUGGGAGAGGACAGGUCUGCUGCUGACUGUGGCUCCACCUGUGUGUGUGUUCGCUGUAACACAUUUCCAGGAUCAGGUGUGGACCUCUUCCUCCUCCAGAGCAGCGGCACAGAGCCUGCAGGAGGCGCUGCUGAGGGCGGGGGGCUGGAGAGACCCCGCCCACCUCCUGAUGGGGGACAGCAGUGAGAGGGAGGAGGGGGAAGGAGGCAAGAACCGAGGAACUCUGGGAGGAGUCCUGGAUGUCCUUCAGCCUCAGCUCACCAAGGACUCGUGGCAGCGCUGUGAAGCAGUGAAGCUGGUGUUUGUGUGGCUCCUCCUGCAGGUCUCUCGCCCCUCUCUCUCUCCUCACCUGCCUCGCGUCCUCCCCCCCUCCCUCCUUCUCACUGACCACUACAGACCAGAGAACUGCAUGCUGGGAGUUCGCUGUCUGCACCAUAUCAUACUCAACACGCCUGCUGCUGAUCUCCGUCAGUUCAACAGAGCAGAAGUUCUUUAUCAAGCGUUAAUCAAACACCUGUACACCACAGAGGCUGCUGUCAUACAGAAUUCAGAGGUGUGUGUGUGUCCACAGCUGGCCCUGUCCUGUCUGUUGGACCUGCUGUUGGUUUUGGAGAAGCCCCCCUCCUCGCUUGGCCCCUCCUCCACCCGCAGGAAGCCCUGUCGCCAUGACGACGUUCUGCGUCUGGUCCUAACCCACAUGGAGGCGGAGCACAAGUUGGCGCUGCGACGCGUCUACGCCUCCGCCCUGCCGCUGUAUGUAGACAGGAUGGGUGUGGCUUUGUGCAGACACCUGCGGCGGGUGGAGAAGGUGGUGCUGGGAUACCUGGAGGUCAGAGAUCCACCUGAAGAGACAAACACACUGAAGAUCCUGGAGGUGCUGCAGAAAACAAUGAGAGCAGCCUGGCCACGGAUGGAGUGUCGCACCAGCGUGUUGCUGCGUUGCUUGUUGCGGUUGCUGGUUGACGUUUCUUCAGACUCUCAGCUCAGUGAUUCGGUCAAACAGCAGCUGAUGAGUCAAAGCACAGUCUGUAUCAAGCUGCUGGACGGCUGCUCACAGGGAAACCUACAGCCUCUCCUCCGGCAGGUCGACAGCAGCUGUUGCAGCCCUGAGGUGCUUGGUUGCCUAGUGACAACAACUAUGACAACAGAGAGUUGAUCCAGCACACCUGGAACAGCUGGAAGUUGGACUGUAACAGCAGAUCUACAGUUUCUUGACAGAUGGAUCAGGACGGAGCAGAGGACACGUGAGUGGACAAUCACAGACUGAGAGACUGACUCUGCAGACGCUGGUGAGACGUUUAGUGUCACGUGGAGACUCUCAGCUGUCCCUCAGCUCUGAGUCCAUCGGGUCCUACUGAAGACGUAAAUCUUUACAAACAUUUCACAGAUUUUAAAAAGACAUGAGCAGCAGUGGAUCACUGAUCACAGGGCUCAGAGGAUAAACAGAACCAGACCUGUCCUUGAAGCACAGGGACAAACUGGUCAGUGUUAACGGGUCUCAGAGGACUGGACACUGAGACGAGCUUUAACACAAAGACUUUCAUUCAAAGAUAAACUUCAUCAAAACAUCACAACAGACGAGUUUCACACGUUUUUACAGAAUCCA